AUGAUGCGUCAGCUCUACGAUGGCAUGAUGGAGCGCAUCACGGAAAAGGGAGCUGUCUCGGAAACAUUCGCGGUGACUAACGGAGUGAAGCAGAGUUGCGUUCUCCCGCCCACCUUCUUCAGUCUUAUUUUCGGUGCCAUGCUGAUGGACACCUACCGUGACGAACGCCCCGGGAUCCGUAUUGCCUACAGGACGGCCGACCACCUCCUCAAUCAAAGGCGGAUGUCUUUCCAAUCGCGCGUGUCCACAACCACCGUUCACGAACUUCUCUUCACCGACGACUGA